AUGUCAAUAAUCAACUUGAAAUGUAAAAAAGAUAUCAAACAAAGUAAUCUGCAUUUGAUGCCAUGUGAAAUAGAUCAUGACGACAAAGCAAAUGUUUCAAAAUAUUUUUUGGAAUCUAACAUAGCUGAAACAGAUCAAAAGAGCGCUACAUUUCGUGGUAGAUUGCUUACAGGAAAAGUUAUAUCACUUCCAAAUGGCUAUCAAGGUGUUGUUGUAAAAGAGAAGGGUGAAACGUUUUCAGACUAUCAGGAGAGAACUAUACAAGUGGACAAAUCUUUUGAUAAAUUUACAUACUGGAAUCUUGAAAUACCGCCUUCGAGAGACGACGCCAUGAUGAAAGCGUUUCAUUGGUUAGAUCUUGCUCACGUGAUACACGAACCAAUCACGGCGAACGAGGGCGAGGGUAGUAUGGAAUCAACGCCGGUGGAGAGAUGAUGUAAUGCUGAGUUGACAAGCGAUAGUUUCAUAUAUUUAGCAGGAAUGUAUUUCGUGGAUACAGCAAAAUUUAAUUUCCCCGAAAUGGAAUACUUUUAAAUAAUAAUUGACGUACUUUUUAAUAAUAUCACACGAUAAAAAAAAUGUAGAAUAUCACAGAAGCUGUUUAUGAAUAACGGAAAUUAUAUUUGCAAAAUAAAAUUUCGAGGUUCAAGACAAAGUUUCACAGCAUUUAUUUUCACCCUAUUUUACGGAAUUUGUUAUUUGCAAAUUUUUGAGAAAAACCGCGAAUGCCCUGAAAUUUUGAAUAAUAAUCCUGCGUCAAGUUUUAUGGAUUGUAUUGUUAGGUGGAUUUAUAAGAAUAGAAACGCUAACCUCGUUCCCAGCGCCUGUUGUCUCUUUUCUAUAAUCGGGACGGUAUUGCAGUCUCGAUGUCAGGAAAGAUAUAAGAGCCCUGGGGACGAGGUUGUAUAAACACCAAUAAA